AUGAAUCUCCACCUGCUAACCUGCCUUCUGGUGGCACUGAUCCAUGCUGUCAGCAGUCAAGGCACCUAUGAAGACUGCUGUUUGAAAUAUACCAAGCACAGGAAACCUGCCUUCUUACGGCUUAUCAGGCAAUACAGGAUCCAAGAGGUGAAUGGGAGCUGCAAUCUGCGAGCUGUCAUCUUUGAGUUUCGGAGGAAGAGCAAUAUCAUUUGUGGCAACCCUGAUGACAAAUGGGUUAAGGAUAAGAUCAGAGAGCUGCAAAGCAGAGCCCACCGGGUCUACUGGAAGCUCAGAGAGGACAUCAAGAAGGACCGUGGAGGAAACAUCACCAAUUCAACCAGGCCCUUGGCCCAGGGUGUCCAGGCCCAUCGAGUACAUGGCGCUAGUAGGAACUAGAUGAGGCUGGAGCAUGUCUCAGGAUCCACGAAGUUCGCCACUACUCAGAAAUUUUCCAUGAUUCCCUAGAGCUUCAAGGACAAGCCUAGCAUUUAAAGCCCUCCAC